AUGAGGGACGAGCGCAGGGUGCUGACAGACGUCCCGUGGCAGAAUUACGACGCCGCUCUGUUACAUGGAUCUCCUGUAAAGCACUAUGGUUCCUCGGAGAAAUUGGCGUUGAGGCAAUGUUCAUAUUUUAAGUCGUCAACAUGUAAAAUCGGGUUUGUUACCUUCACGCGUUUUUCGUUCGCAUGCAGUUUCAAUUGUUUUCUAUUCAACAGAAGACGAUGCCCUGCAUACUUUUAUACGAGUUUAGCUGAUCGCUUCACAGGUAGAUAUAAUUGUCUAUCGAGCAAAAGUCAUGUUCUCGGUAUUCUGCUGUUCUGUCACCGGCUUGUUUUGUCUCGCAUCCUUUGGUCGUCCACGGUAUCCCUGAUGUUUGGCAAAGGCAGAAGCUGUACUAUUGCCUCCGUUGCGGAGCGGGGACCAGCAGAGAUUAAUAUUGCCGUUUUGGGAGUCACUGGAUCCGGAAAAUCAGCACUGAUCGUCAAGUUCCUCACCAGACGCUUCAUCACGGAAUAUGAUCCGAACUUGGAGGACACCUAUACCUCGGAGGAGAUGGUGGACCAGCAGCCAGUCCUCAUCAAAGUCAUGGACACUGCUGACCAGGACGGACCGGUGAACUGCGAGCGCUACCUGGGCUGGGCCAACGCCUACCUGGUGGUAUACAGCAUCGCCGACCGCAGCAGUUUCCAGGGCGGCCAGUCGUACCUGGAGACCCUGAGCCGCAAUACCAAGGCUGGACACCAGGAGGCGCCGGUGCUACUGCUGGGCAGCAAGCUGGAUAUGGAGAGAUACAGGCAGGUGAGUAAGUGUGAGGCCGCUUCGCUGGCGGCGCGUUUUAGCUGCCUCUUCUUCGAGGUGUCUGCCUGUCUGGACUUCCUGUCUGUGCAGCACAUCUUCCACGAGGCCGUGCGGGAAGUGAGGCGCGAGUCCGAGCGCUCACUUCCUGUCCGCCCGCUCUUCAUCAGCGAGGACCGCCCCCUCCUCGGGCUCUCCUCCCAGACGCAGGUGGCCCCGCCCUGCUUUAAGGAGAUGCCCACCCCCGCCACGGCCAAGCUGGUGACCGUCAAGUCCUCCAGGGCCCAGAGCAAACGCCGGGCCCCCACGCUCACCCUGCUCAAGGGCUUCAAGAUCUUCUGACCGACUCUAUACUGACCCCUAGUGGACACACAGAGCUGCCACGCUCACCCUGCUCAAGGGCUUCAAGAUCUCCUGACUGACUAAACACUGCCUCCUAGUGGACAAACAGAGCAAACACCGGCCCCCACUCUCACACUGUUCAAGGGCUUCAAGAUCUUCUGACUGACUGACUGACUGAUUAACUGACUGACGGACGGACUACCUGUGUACUGACUGCAUACCCUUGGUGAUCAAAUGGAGCGAAGGCUAAUCCCCCACACUCACUAUGCAAAAGGACAUCAGGGUCUUCUGAUUCUGGUUUACUGUUUUUCUGAGUGACUGCACGCUGCCCCCAGGUGGACACACUGAGAUGGUGCAUCUAGAGGAGUUUUCAGGGGAGAUGUCUGCUGUUUGUGAAAACUAGUGUUUUUUGUUUUUGAUACCUUUGAUAUCAGUUGGAUAUCCUUAUUAAAUAUAACUCAGUGAAUGAAUGAGAGAGAGAGAGAGAGAGAGAGAGAGAGAGAGAGAGAGAGAGAGAGAGAGAGAGAGAGAGAGAGAGAGAGAGAGAGCGAUUUGGACAGAAACUUCAAUAGUGCACCAGUAUGGAUAAAAGCAACAGUUGCUCUUGAGUACUUCUUCCAAUGGGCCAAAAUUGACACUAUUCUCCAGGGAAAUGACAUUUAUCACAGCAUAUGGAAAAUAAUUAGGACGUUUCACACAAAUGGCCACUAACUAACCCCUUCAAAGGGACCCUUCUGCAACAAACAAGUUUCUCACCAGAAUUGUAGGACAACGGUGCCCUCUAGAGGAAAACAUAUACAACUACAGUUACCCAUUGGGCUCAUUCACAUUAGUGAUGUGUGAUUCAAAUACAGUAAUCACAUUCAAUUCAAAUACACCUGCUGCAUGUCACCUCAUCAUAGUCCAUACCAUUUCAUGUCAAUUCUUGAUGAUUCAUGUUGAUUUGUUUUGUUGUUGUUGACUAUUUGUCACACAGAGUUGAAGAUUAGAAACCACAGAUAGUGUACGCACCAUUUACACCUGUUUGUUUAAUUUUCUUUAUUACUGUAAAAGGGGCUGUAGCAGGGAUGCUGCUGUGUCUGAGCAUAGAAGACAAUAACAGUGAUAGCGCCGUGUACACAGUGCUGUUCUAGGGUGAGCACUAAGUGCUUUACAAUGGGGACAAAGCAAGAUGAAUGCUGAUGAAGGCCCAAUAAAAACACAACAAUAACAGAUAUUUACUGUAAAAUAUGCUGGUGUGAUCAAUAGUUGUACACUCUAGAGUCUAGAGUGAGUCUCAAGACAUCAUACAGUUAUUAGAUCCUGUCCAAGAGUUCCUACCCAUCAGGAAUAAAUGCAAUAAAAAGGUUUGAAAUACAGGUCUUCGCCAUGCUUGUCUGUUCAGUCAUAAACUCUGUGGCUCUGUGUCAAGUGCCCCGGUGCUGGAGGAUUGGGGGGGCAUUAGUACUGCAGUAGUACCGUAGAUUAUCUUUAAACAUCUAUAACAUGUAGAUUCUACAUCACCCGCACAUAUGGAAGCAUGUAUGGGCAGUCCAAAUAGAUACUAUGCUAAUGAUAGUUUAGCUACAAACAGGUGUCCCCAUGGGGCAAUAAUGAGGCUUCAGAUGGUACAUUACAGACUUCACAAGAUUCUGGGAGAAUGAGAUAUGAAAAGUGGUUGCAAGUGGAAACCUGUUGUAAACAACAUAAACGAAAUAUGCAUGGCAUGUUGAUGGACAGAGUUUAAAUAGUCCUUAACACCAUCUGUCGGCUAAACUGAAAGAAGACGCAGUUCUCGUAAGUCGUGUGAGUAUUUGGCAUAUAUUUACAUUCCGCACGUGAGCUCCAGACUCUUUAUUGGUUCUGUGUUGGCUAACAACAUGUGUUAAAGUUUCAGAAUGGUGCUGUGGGUAAAUGAACAAACCCUCAUCACGUUAGAGAAUAAUACAUCAACCUUUAGUUUACAGUCACAUUUAACAGAAAACACAUGCACAUGCACAUGCACAUACACGUGCACACACAUACUACACACACACACA